UCACAUACACGAAUGUCGACUGCUACGAUCCGUUGCCAGUUGGUUCUUAAUUCUAUGCUAUUGCUCCGACCGUUCGUUUCACGUGCGCAUCACGCGUUUUAACCGUUUUAACUAACGUACGUUCUGAAGUUUGCGCUUAACCAUUCGAUGGACAUCCGGUCACCAUGAAGUUCGCCAGUCUGCUGUUUUCCCGACUAGGCGUUAGAAAUGUGCCCGGUGCCAGGCGUUUGGCAACGUUAUCGGAUGAGCUUCGAUCGAAAUUUUCAGCGUUCGAGGGUGGCACCGUCCAGCUGACAAAGGAUUACCAUGCGGGCAUCGCUGAAGUUCACUUCAGCAAUCCUACGAAGAGAAACUCGUUUUCCGGGCACAUGAUGCUGCAGCUUCACGAUAUUGUCACUGAGCUGCGGUCUUGGAAGGAAGGCAAGGGUCUCGUGUUUUAUGGUGGCGACGGCAUCUUCUGCUCUGGUGGUGACCUUGACAUGAUGAAGGCGCUGAACACACCAGAGCUGGGGGCCCAGAUGGCAACCAUCAUGCAUUCAGCCCUAACGGGUCUUCGGGACCUGCCUCUCAUUAGCGUAGCCCUGAUCCAAGGCAGGGCUUUGGGUGGGGGAGCUGAGCUUACAACAGCCUGUGAUUUUCGCAUCAUCGUACCUGGAGCUGAAAUUCAGUUUGUUCAGGUGCGGAUGGGCCUUAUUCCUGGCUGGGGUGGGACCACAAGGCUGGUGAAGCUUCUGGGUGCUCACGAGGCUCUCAAGCUGCUGUCGUCGGGCCGAAAAGUUGGCGCCGAGGAGGCUCUGGAACUCGGGCUCGUGGAUUACAUCCUUCAGAACUACGAGAGUCCCCUAGAUGAAGCCAGGAAGUGGCUGGGACAGUACAUUGCUGGUGAUGCCCACGUCAUAAGGACUCUGAAGGAAACUGUUGUGAAAGCGAGAGAGCUAUCCACAGACGAUAGCCUCCGAGAGGAGCUGAGACUCUUCUCUACCGUGUGGAGUGGACCAGCCAACCGAGAAGCCCUGAACAGGAGAAUAAAGCACUGACGUGUGUUUCAUGUCCACCUGUGCCUAGCCCUUUCAUCAAGAAUGUUUCAAUGCAAAAAAUGUGUUGAUUAGGUUGAAUACCGACUGGGUUUAUUCUAGAUUAGAGACCCGAGUCUAUGCUAAUCGGCACUGCCUGCUUCAGGUUAUGUUUGUAUCUCGUGUGUAUUCAUGUCUAUAUAAAAUGUGCCGUUCUUGUACCUCUGCAGAACAGUUUUGCUACCUUGCUGCCAGCAGAAAUUUGCCACUUUCACUGGUGGCAAUUCUUUUUUGCUGAAUCAAGAUUUCAAAUAAAAGAAGUCAUGAGUGGA